AUGGUUGAUGUUGAGAUUUUGGAUGUUAAAGUGGUUGAUAUUGAGAUCCUUGAUAAUGAGAUCCUUGUCCCUGUCCCUAAACUCGGGAUCGGAUAUGAGUAUAAUAUGGUUGAUGUUGAGAUGCUGGAGUCAUCACAUCUUUUUGCUAAUCUUGCUGAAGACGAACGCGAUGUUAAUGCAACAAUCGAAGAGCGAGGUGAAAUGCCAAAUGUAGAAGUUGAAAUGGUGGUUGAUGAUGAUAUUCGCUUUCAAGAAUUUCUUGCUCGACAUAAAAAGAUCAAAGAUAAAUACGCUCACUAUGAACUUCGAAAUGCGUUGAUUGAACAUUUAUGGGAUGAGUAUACUAACUCGAAAAAUUAG